AUGAAGAUAACAUCAGCAGGUGGCGUGAUUUCCCUUCUGGAUGAACCAGAUAUUCAGCUUCAGUCCUUUGCUCUGGAAAGACUGAAUCAGCUUGUCGAUGACUUCUGGGCAGAGAUAGCGGACACAGUUGAAAAAAUUGAGAUGCUGUAUGAAGAUGAAUCAUUUCCAGAGAGGGGUCUUGCUGCUCUCGUUGCAUCAAAGGUCUAUUAUCAUCUUGGUGCCUUUGAGGAAUCCUUGACUUACGCUCUUGGUGCGGGAAGUCUGUUUAAUGUAAACGCAACAGCAGAAUAUGAAGAGACGACCAUCUCCAAGUGCAUUGACUUCUACACCAAGCUGCGUGUGCAUAAUCAUGACCACCCUGAUGACCUGAAGUCUAUUGAUUCACGUCUGGAGGAGAUAGUUAAUAGGAUGUUCCAGCGUUGUUUCGAGCAGCGUCUCUACAAGCAAGCCAUCGGUAUUGCUUUGGAGACGAGGAGGAUUGAUAUCUUUGAGAAGGCUAUCCUCAGUUCAGAUGAUAUACCAGGAAUGUUGAAAUACGGCGUCAAUAUCGUCAUGUCACUCCUUCAGGAGAAAACAUUUAGAAGCACGAUCUUGCGGAUGCUGGUACGUCUUUAUCUCAACUUGGCGACCCCGGACUUCAUCAAUGUUUGUCAGUGUCUCAUCUUCCUGGAUGAUCCUCCUGCCGUAGCUGAUAUCCUUGAUAAACUCAUCUUAGAAGGAGGGGACCAAGCACUAAUGGCAUUUCAGAUUGGUUUCGACCUGUACGAGAGUGCAACGCAACACUUCCUCUCACGUGUCCAAGCUUCUCUCAAGACGGUUGGUACGCCUAGUGCAGACAGCACCCCAGCUCCAGCUAGCACACCAGCAGAAGGAGAGAAGAAAGAGGGUGAAGCCAUGGAAACGGAGGGUGACAAAUCAGAGAAAAUUGAAGCCCUUUCUUCUCAAGCACCUGUACCUGAUGAGCAGUUAUCACCGGAAGAGAAAGCACAUCGAGAUCAACUGAACAAGCUGACUCAGAUCCUAAGUGGGAACCUCACAAUAGCGCUUCAUCUACAGUUCUUGAUACGUAGCAACAAGACAGAUAUGCUUGUUCUAAAAAACACCAAGGAAUCUGUGAGGAAUUCAGUUUGUCACAAUGCAACAGUUAUUUCUAAUUCCUUCAUGCAUUGUGGGACAACCAGUGAUGCAUUCCUACGAGACAACCUUGAAUGGCUUGCUAGGGCUACCAACUGGGCCAAGUUUACCGCUACAGCCAGUCUGGGUGUCAUCCAUAGAGGCCAUGAGAAGGAAGCACUCAACCUGAUGUCAACGUACCUCCCUAAAGAUUCAACAGGUGGUAGUACCUACCAGGACGGGGGCGGACUGUACGCGCUGGGUCUGAUCCAUGCUAACCAUGGAGGGAAUAUCAUCGAAUACUUGCUGGGUCAGCUGAAAGAGGCUACAUCCGAGAUGGUACGGCAUGGAGGUUGUUUGGGUCUUGGUCUUGCUGCCAUGGGAACUGCGAGACAAGACGUGUAUGAACAGCUCAAGUGUAAUCUCUAUGAAGAUGAUGCUGUAACAGGCGAGGCAGCAGGUCUGGGUAUGGGUCUUGUCAUGGUCGGUACCAAGUCGGCUCAAGCCAUUGAAGAUAUGGUCAGCUAUGCUCAAGACACACAGCAUGAGAAGAUUCUGCGUGGCCUUUGUCUUGGAAUUGCCCUGACCAUGUACGGUCGUCUUGAAGAGGCCGACACCCUCAUCGAGAGCUUGAGCCGGGACAAGGAUCCCAUCCUAAGGCGAUCAGGGAUGUACACCAUAGCAUUGGCUUACUGCGGCACCGGAAACAACAAGGCCAUCAGGAAACUCCUUCACUUCGCCGUCAGUGAUGUGGAUGACGAUGUCCGACGGGCAGCCGUUACUUCUCUCGGCUUCUUGCUGUUCAGGUGAGUGUGGGUGUUUAUGUGUGUGUGUGUAGCCGUUUGUCUUGUCUUGUCUUCCCAUUGUUGCCCGCAAUC